AUGGGCCGUGUAACGCAUCGGUGGUAUAAAACCGAUCGAGCCCGCGAUUUCGACCAUGAAACGGACCGCUAUGUGCGCAUGCAGCAGAUCUACCAGACCAUCGAUCGUCAAAGGUAUCAAUGGGUGGUGGUUCUCGUGGCUGGUGUCGGCUUUUUCCUGGAUGGAUAUACACUGUUUGCUAGCAACAUCGCGCUACCCAUGAUUGCGUACGUUUAUUGGCAGGAUGAGACCAGCUCGAGAAGGACGACGUUCAUUAACAUCGCCACACUGGCAGGCACAUUUCUGGGCCAGAUUACGUUCGGGUUUUUGGCGGAUAGAAAUGGCAGGAAAAAGAUGUACGGGGCUGAAUUGGUGCUGUUGAUUGUGUCCACACUCGGCGUGACCAUGGCCUCUACCGGUGCCAAUAAUAGCAUGAGCAUCUAUGCCUGGUUGAUUUGGUGGCGUAUCAUCACCGGCAUUGGAGUUGGGGCUGAUUACCCAUUGAGCGCUGUGAUUACGUCGGAAUUCGCGCCGACAAAACACCGCGCUCGAAUGUUGGCCUCGGUUUUCUUCAUGCAGCCGCUGGGCCAGCUAGCCGGUAAUCUGGUUGCCCUCAUUGUCGUCGCCGUUACCAAAAACCACAACAACGAGGAUUCAGUGCGGGCAGUGGAUAUCAUGUGGCGAUGGCUCAUUGGUAUUGGCGUUGUGCCUGGCGUGAUAGCAUCCUUGUUCCGGUUCGCCAUUCCGGAGACUCCUCGCUAUCUACUCGAUAUCGACAAUGAUCCCAUCAAAGCCGAAUUCGAUGCUACAACUCUCUUCGGUACUGAAGAACAAACCGCCAACAUUGACCUGGAUCUCGACCGCCCCUGGGAUGGCACCACGCUGCCCAAGUCAUCGUCCUUCUCCUCGUACGCAAGUGGUGGCGCUGGCGGCUCCAUUGACUCCGGAAGUAUUGCGCCCAACACAGAAUACACGCUGCACCCGCCCACGUUCCAGUCGCACUGGCGUAACGUCUGGGACGAUGUGAUAUACUACUUUUGGAAGGAAGGCAACUGGCGUACUCUCCUCGGAACCUGCAUCGCAUGGAUGCUCCUCGAUUUUGGAUUCUAUGGCAUCCAGCUCUCCAGUCCGCAGUUUCUGGCCAAAACCUGGGGCACGCUAAAUCUGAACGGUCCUGCACCAUCUUGGGAGACCACAGAUAACCCAAAUGAAUCCAUCUAUACCAUGUUCCUGUACACUUCGGUCGAGGCCAUGGUCAUCUUGAAUGUCGGCAGCGUCGUUGGUGGCUUGCUGUUUAUCGCUUUUGCGCCGAAAAUUAAUCGCGUCCAUCUGCAGAAAUAUGGGUUUCUGGCCCUGGCUGCGUUGUUCAUUGCAAUGGGUGUGAUGUUUAUCACUGUCCACCGCGAGGGACCAGUAGCUAUUGUGCUGUACGUCAUUGGGCAGAUGUUUUUUAAUUUUGGCCCCAACGCAACCACAUACAUGCUCCCUGCUGAACUCUACCCAACGCGCUACCGAGCAACAUGUCACGGCUUGAGUGCGGCAUCCGGCAAACUAGGCUCCAUCCUCGUCGAACUGCUGACAGUCUACUACAAUAUCGGCAGCACAUCAGCCGAUGUGAGCAGCACAAGACGCUACGGCUGGAUCCUGGUAGUGUUCAGCGCUGCUAUGAUUGUCGGGUCCAUUGUGACACACUUCCUGAUCCCGUCCGUGCAGCAGGGUAGGAGAGCCGGAAAGUGGAGCUGCAGUAGAGAGUGUUCAAGCUUCUGGUUUGAUGAAAAGGAGAAAAGUUUGGAGAGCCUUGGGUUGGGAAGACUUGGUGAGAGCACCAGGAAGGAGAAAUUAGCAGCCGGACUCGGUGAGGGAGAGAGGUGGUGCAAUGCCCGUACUGAGAAACAGCUGAAUGUUGUCAGAAUCAAGCUGGGCCCAUCCACUGACGAGACCUGUAGGAUCCUGUGGCAGUAA